AUGUCCUCGCCUCCCAGCACUCUACCAGAGUCUCCAACCUCUUCGACACACGAUGAAAAACCCCAGCGUUCCAAAAAGCGAUCCAAGAGUCUUGCUCGUGAACUGCAGUAUCUAGUUGACAACAAUGGCAAACGAGGUAUUCUUUCAGCAAUGGAGACGAUAGCAUGCGUCAGUAGUACUGAUUCGUAUAUAUGCUUUACUACAGCCAAACGCGAUCUAGCUAAAUGCCCGAUAUGCCAGCAUCGUAUUGAACCAACUCAGUGGGAGCAGCACUAUCAACUUGAGCUGCAACGCCUCAACCAACUCGAUUCGGAUGCGUAUGAGGAUCCUUUGCAUAAGGGGAAACGACGAGGCGCAGCUUUAUUGGCACGACAACAAAUGGAACGAUCCAAAGGAAAGAAAAAGCAGCCAGCAUCAGCCUACGAUGAAUUACUAGGCAAAGUACAAAGGAAUCGUGAACAUCGAAGAGAAGCUUUGGCACGGUUAGACCCCACUUAUCAGGACACGGAGGAAGCUAUCAGUCAAGCGAUUAUGGAACAAGAAGCAGGUGUUCAACGAUGCUUUAUUUGUAAUGACACGCUCCAUGGUGAUUCAGAAGCUAUCAAUCUGCAUAUCGAUCAAUGUCUCGCAUCCUUUGAUUCAUCACAACAACAACAACCUUCAAGUACGAGCAAUUCAAGUGAUCAAGGUGCAUGGGAUGAAUAUGAAUGGGCUGGUCAAACUCGUGUUCGUGCAACUGCCAUGAUGGAAGGUGGCUAUGGAGGAGCUGGAUUUGCUACUGCCAGUAAACGUGAAGAGGACGAAGAUGAAGAAGACCUCGAUGUAGAAGAUGAUGGAGAUGAUGAAUAUGGAGCCAUUCAAUAUUCCGAACGAGACAUUGUUUUCGAUCCUCAAGAUGAAGAUGCAUCUGCUCUGAGAGAAAUGGUAUCAGGUGCAAGUCCAAGUACUACGCCGCGAACACCGGACAAUGGACACCGUAGCGGGUAUGAAGAAACGGUUUCAGAUGAAGGCUGGCGCAGGACGACCAGUGAAGAUGUACAAACGGGCCAUUCGAGGCUGGUCAUUGAGUCAUUAAAAUCUCGCAUACAGCAAUUGGAAAUUACAUCUCGGUCAGCGCCACGAUGUCUAAUUUGUCUAGAACCCUACAAGACACCGGUAACAUCCAUUGUUUGCUGGCAUGUCCAUUGUGAGCAAUGUUGGUUACAUACGCUUGGAUCCAAGAAGCUUUGUCCUCAAUGUCAAAAGAUCACCACCCCAUCUGACCUUCGCCGCAUUUAUCUUUAA